UUCGACUUCGAGCAAACAAACCGUUUGGGUGGCGUGGCAGGUGGUUUGUUCCCUUUCUGGCAUGGCGACGGCGACGGGCACGGUACUGCGCCGGUGCGGCCGGGUGGCAGUGGCACGGCUGAGCACCACGCCGGCCGCGCUGAGCGGCGGUGGCCUGCCCACCGUCAUGGAGCGGCACGGCAACCGCCAGGUGAUCGGCUACGGCUACAACGGCGAGCCCAACUACAUGGACCGCGUCGACUACCCGAUCCCGGCCGUCCGCUUCAAGGAGGAAACGCCACAGAUCAAGGCUCUGCGUGAGAAGGAGAAGGGCGACUGGAAGAAGCUGACGCCGGAGGAGGUGCAGGAGCUGUACCGCGCCACGUUCUGCCAGUCUUUCGCCGAGAUGCAGGCGCCGACCGGCGAGUGGAAGCUGGCCUUGGGCGGCACGCUCAUCGCCUGCUCGAUGGCCAUCUGGGUCUACCUCUGGAUGAAGGUGUACGUGUACGACACCAUGCCGGACACCAUCACCAACCCGGAGAAGGUGGAGGCGCAGGUGCAGCGCAUGAUCGACCUGCGCAUCAACCCGGUCGAGGGCGUCAGCUCCAACUGGGACUACGAGAAGAGCCAGUGGAAGAACUAGCUGGCGCCGCUGCCGGCGUGGGGUGGGAUUGGCUGUGACCGGAAGCGGAGGGUGGCGGGCGAGGCGAGUUUCUGGCGCGGCUGUGUCGGCUGUAGUGGGUCUGUAAGGCCCGGUGUAGGUGUCGCGGUCGCGGGCCGCCGUGGCCAGGCGACGAGGCGGAGCUGAUCGCUUUGUAACCUUUUAUAUGUGUGGGCUGUGGCGCUGUGAAGCAUUGUGGUUGGGGCCGGAUGGGGCAGGAAAGCCGCCCGUGUACUUAAAAUUAUGCAAAUAAACUUCCCAACAUGAUUGGGCCAUGAUUCGUACUCGGCUACGGUUGGUGUGUGUUGGCUGAACCAGGCUACUGUAGAUGUCCUUGCUUUGGGUCACACCACAUAGCAGCGUCACUUGUCAAGAGGACUGCAUGCUCCACUCAGUGAGUCACAGGUUAACGUCAGCCUGGUGACUCUUGUUGCAAAUGGUGGAGUCGAUCGAAACUGGCGCCAUGCCAGGACCAUGGUGUUUGUGGGACCGUCCAGUCCUCGCAUGCAGGCGCAGCGGAACCGUUGAAGCCAUACGUGCUCUCGAUAUAUUUGCGCAUGUCUUGGAACCCACAAGUAUGGAAGUCAAUUAACGUAUGGACGUUAAUUAGCAGCGUGUGCUUCCGU